AUGGAUCCCCCGGAUAACUUCUUGGGCGAGUUGUGUUUUCCCUCACCACCGAAAGGUCCGGUGAGCGAGGAGGAUAAUGGAAGGCGUUAUGUGUUGAAGCCUGUCAUGGACAUGGACGCCGUGUUGGAAGCUGAGGAACUAGGUACACCUCCGAAUGUGGCGACCGAUACACCAGAGGCUUUGUGCGUGGCUUUUCGAAAGGUCCGAGAGGCCCGACGGACGGUGGAACUGGAGGAUGAGGUAGAGGAGGACUUGGAUCUUGGCGAGGAUGAGGGUGACGGGGCUCGUCUGUGGGUUAGAGAGAGCUUAGAGCUAUGUGGCAAGGUGGGGAAUAGGUUGAGGCGUUUGAGGGAGAGGGGUGAGGCGAAGAUCGAAGGGAGGGACUACGAGAUGCCGACGAAGGAGGAGAAGAGGGUGGAGGCGUUCCGAUGGAAGGUGAGGACUCGUUGGAUGAGGGAUUGGUUGGUAGGGGCGAAGCAGGAGAUCAUGGAGGAUGAAGAGAGGAGCGAGGAGUUGAGGCCGUUGUGGUUGGGAGCGUACGAGCGGUGCGUGAUAAAGAGGAUGGACAAGGCGGAGGAAGCGAGGGUGAUCCGGUUCGUGGACGCUUUCCCAGGCAGGGAUGAGAAGGACUGGCCGGUGGAGAACGCUUCGACGAUGGAUGUGGCGAAGCAUCGGUUAGCGACGGUGCUGGGCCACGAGAUGCUGGGGUUGAAUGAGGAUGGGAAAUGGGGAAAGGAGAAGGAGAAGGAGAUUGUGGAGCGUUGUAGGAGUGCGAUGACGGGGUGGGAUGCGCGUGAGGUGCUGCAGGACGAAGAGUUGGGAGCGAAAUGGUCGAAGGUGGUGGGAGACGGGGGCGUAUGGGAUGUGUUGGAUUCGGACGACAGUACGGCGACUGAGCUGUCGGAGGUGGACCCGGAGGAAGGGCUAGAGGGAGGAAGACAUUCGGAGUACGGCUACCCUUACUCGCUGCAGGGGUUAGAAUGGGAUGAGGUGUUCACGCUGAGGGAGACUGUUCGGGCGGACGGCGAGAAGGUGGAGGAGAAUGUAGGCGAGGAAGUAGGCUCGCGGAAGAGAAAGGCGCAGAAACGGCAGGGUGAUGAGGCUACUGGGGUGAUGGGAAGGCCGAGGAAAGGGGACGUGUAUGACGAACUCGGUUUUCGUCGUGGUGGGAGCAGGAGUCGAAGGAAAAGGGCUAAGGUGGUGUCGGCGGCGGAAGUGGUGAGUCAAGAGUACGAUUAG